UCGCAACCAGAUCGCGCCUUGACGGCCUUUGCUCAAUUGGCUGCCUUUCGCCUCGGUGCCCGCAGAACUUUCGUCUCCUUGAUCGACCGCAAAUACCAAUAUGUCCUUGCUGAGGCUACAAAGACCCUCUCUCUUGAGAAGAACACCGUUGAUGACGCCAAAGACAAUCUAUGGGUUGGUGCCACUGCCUUUGAGAGACGAGCAACUCCAUGCGAGUAUGCCGCUGGUCUGCUUGUUGCCCCCGAUCUCCUCGUCUCAGAGGACAAGGGAGAUGUCGUAGUCUUUCCAGAUUUGUCUGAGCACCCAUUGUUCAGGGACCACAUUUUGGUCACCGAGGUUCCUCAUGGUCGAUUUUACGCUGGCGUGCCUAUCAUUUCACCAAACGGCUACAACAUUGGGGUCUUCUGUGUCUUGGACGACAAGCCCAGAGCAGAUGGUCUUAGCACGACCGAGAUUGGCUUCAUGAAAGACAUGGCCGUCACCAUCAUGAAUCACCUUGCGAUGGUCAGAGCCACAGCCGAGCUCAAUCGUUCCCAGAACAUGGUCCAGGGCUUGGGACAAUUCGUUGAUGGUAAAUCUAGCAUAAAAGAUUGGUGGAAAGGUCUAAAUCAAGCCGAGUCCGAUCGUCCUCGGUCAAGAGCUGGAUCAGAGCGUAACAGUCGUAGCGAGACCAGGUCUCUGAAGUUUCCCUCAAGACACCUACGCGCAUCUCCCACACCAACGCAUUCACCUGCUGUGAGUCCAGGGCCUGGGGAUGCUCCAGGACAAGAAGACGGCGCACCUGGCGCUCCAAUCAUCUCCCCAUCCACCACACCACUGCAGGAAACUCAACAACCUUCAGAAGAGGCAUCGGUCGCCAAUCGAUUGCAAGAGGAUUCAAUCUCUCCCGACAUCAAGUCAACUUUCCAGCGAGCUGCCGAGAUUAUUAGAGAAUCUGUCGAUGUCGAUGGCGCCAUUUUCCUGGACGCCUCUAUUGGAUCGUUUGCUGGACUAGUCGACGGUACUCAACCAGCCGAAGGCUCAAUGACCCAGUCUUACGCCGAAAUAUCUUCGUACUCGAUCAGGACCAGCGAAAGCACGCUUGGUAAUGACGAAAAACAUUGUAUUGUUCUAGGCAGCUCACUGGCUACCUCCACCAAACGCAGAUCUUCCCACAUGGCACCAGUCCUGCCUCAAUCUGUCAGUGAGAGGUUCCUACAAAAAUUGCUUUCGAAGUAUCCAAGAGGAAAAAUCUGGAGUUAUGGUGAUGAGGAUUACUCGGAAAGUUUCGUGGACUCUCCGAGAAAUGCCGAGUUUAUUAACCGUCGAGGUGAGCGCUGGAAGGAAAGGCGAAUGCUCCGAACGCUCUUUCCUGGCGCGCGCAGUCUGGCUCUUGUGGGUAUGUGGGACCCUCACCGCAGCAGAUGGUUCGCAGGAAGCAUUCUUUGGACAUGCAACCCGACGCGUAUCCUGUCAACUGACAGCGAACUCAAUUACAUGACUGCGUUCGGCCAAUCGGUCAUGUCAGAGAUUGCUAGGAUCGAUGUAAAGAUGGCGGACAGAGCUAAAGCGACGUUUAUCAGUUCAAUAUCUCACGAGUUAAGAACGCCUCUACACGGAAUCAUGGGUAGCUCCGAAUGUCUCCAAGGUACACCCUUGGACACUUUCCAGUCCAGUCUGAUCAACACGAUUGAAACUUGCGGCAAAACUCUGCUCGACACUUUCGAUAACCUCCUGUCCUACGCCAAGAUUAACAAUCUCAGCAACUCGAACUAUCGAAGACCCUCUGUCUCUUCGACACGAACCGAACGCAAUGGGGCCGAAACGUCCACAACUUCGGUGGAUCUCAGUGUCUUGGUUGAAGAAGUGGUCGACACGGCAUUUGCAGGACACGAAUUUGUACGCGUCACACCUUUGAAGACCGGAAUGACUACUCAUGGAGUCGUUUCUGUACACUUGACUACUGCGCAACCUGCGAAGGGGCUCGAAGCGAUUACGGUUCUUCUUGAAUAUGAUACAACCUCGAAUUGGGUCUUCACAACCCAAGCUGGUAGUUGGAUUCGCAUUGUCUUGAACCUGGUCGGAAACAGUCUCAAAUACACUCAGAGAGGUCGUGUGACAGUGCGGCUGGAAUCUAGGGCUUUGCCAGAUUCGUCAUCUGACGAAGACGUGGAAGUUGUUCUCACAGUCACCGACACCGGAAAAGGUAUGUCGGAAGACUUCCUGUCACAGAGUGUCUUCUCUCCUUUCGUGCAAGAGGAUCCCUUGUCGCCCGGUACUGGAUUGGGUCUCAGCAUUGUCAAACAAAUCGUCACCGGCAUGGGCGGUCAAAUCAGGGUGGAGAGCAAAAAAGGAGAAGGAACCAAGUUCUCGGUCGCGGUGUGUAUGACGCGUGCCGAUUCUCCAACGGAAUCAGACAAGUCUUCUGCACUAGGCGAUAUCGCCGUCAAGCUACGAGGCAAGCGUCUGAACAUGAUCGUUCCAGAGGAAGAGCAUGACGAGGUUCAAUUCGCCGGCCUUUGUAGUAAAUGGUUCGGCGUCCCUGUCCGAUGCACAUCAGAACCAGAAGAGGCGGAUAUAUAUGUUGUCCUGAAGAAGCAUACAAACGCCCUGAUCAAGCAACUUGCAUUCAAGCCUGCAACCGCCAAUCCUAUUGGUGCAAAGCCGGUCAUUGUGUUGUGCAAAGAUCUUGCCUCUGCGAACGCGCUUCAAUCCUCGAGAUCCAUGGCUGCCAUCAGCCCUCACAUGGAAUACAUGGCACAACCACUGGCACCGAACAAGAUUGCGAAGACACUAGUUCAGUGCUUGGAGCGUCCCAAGUGCGCUACUCCAGAAACGCCAGCAACUCCCGCUUUGCCACUUUCUCGCGCAGCAAGCAUUUCGUCACAACGUACACGAGAUCAUCGAGCUGGCUCGACCAUCUCGCAAAAUAGCACAAACAGCAACCCUGAGGUAGUACUCUAUACUCCAAUGGAGGAAAAGACACAGGAAAUGCUCAUGGCUAAGGUGCGACAAAGCGUCGAGGCCAAUCGUCAAGUAGACACACUUGAAGCUCAGAAGCAGGCACUGAUGCCCAAUGUCCCUGCGCCUGUUCCGGGCGUAUCCGUAUUGCUCGUUGAUGAUAACAACAUCAAUCUAAACCUACUAGCCACUUUCAUGAAGAAACAACGGCAUGCAUACGAUACCGCCACCAAUGGUCUUGAGGCUUUUCAGGCAUAUCAAGCGCAUAUCGAUCCCACACGUCUUCCCGCAGGCAGCGAAAAUUCACUCCUCUUACAAAAGCAGCCUCAACUAACGGCACAGUCCUUCGACUUUGUCCUCAUGGACAUCAAUAUGCCCGAGAUGGACGGUCUGGAAUCAACUCGUCGCAUACGAGCUUUCGAAAGGGCAAAAGGAUUGCGUCCCGCAGUCAUUGUCGCACUCACUGGUAUGGCAUCUGCAAGCGUACAGCAGGAAGCAUUUGCCAGCGGUGUUGAUCUCUUUAUGACCAAGCCUGUGCGAUUAAAAGAGCUCACGAGGAUUUUUGAA